ACAAAAAAAGAUUGUAUGCAAAGAAAUUGAUACCAAGGUUAAUGAUAUAAGCUGAAUUUUCAAGCAAAAAAACAGUUUUAUGCAGAAUUGCUCUAAUGCAGAUCUGCACAAUGAAGAAGCAUUAUCUGUUACUUGUGCUGUGUUUGGUUUCAUUAGGCUUUGCGGUAACUGCAGAGACAAUAGAGGAUGAUGUGAUGGAUGAGGAACUUGAAGAUUCAGAAGAGCCCAUUGAUUGUGUUUAUUCUGAAUGGCAGCCGGUUGGAAAUUGUGAAGUUUUCGGUACCGUGAAAUUCCAAAAAUAUGUACGUACGGUCGUCUUUUCACCAACAGGAGGCAAAUGCCACGGAAAACUGACAUCUUUCAGAAUUUGCAAAUAUCAGAAAGAAGGUGACGACGACAAUAACAAUAAAGAAGAUAGAAAAGACGAACAUGAACAUCGUAAAUCAAACUGGUACGACAUUCCUGUGAGGACCUUGGAACAAAUGGAGAGUCCAGUUAAAUGGGUUCACACGGCGCACAAAAGGUAUAAACGCUGGGGAAAUAUGGGAUCUGGAACAUCCGGAAGCAGCAGUGGAAAAUCAAGUAGUGGAAAGUCUAGCAAGUCAAGCAAAUCGAGUAAAUCAAGUAAAUCGAGCAAAUCGAGUAAGUCGAGCAAAUCAAGCAAGUCGAGUAAAUCUAGCAGCAAUUCAAGCUCAUCCAGUAAUUCUAGCUCAGAUUCCGGAAGCAGUUCUGAUGGCGGAAGCUACUUGCGCUGCAUACCAAAAAUUGGAGGCAAGGUAUUUUGUUACCGCGUGAAAGGCCAUGGAUAUGGAGGACACAAACAUGGAGGACACAGGAGAACUAAAGAUGGAUACCGUGCAAAAAGCUACCAUAGUGGUUCCGACUCAGGACAUGGAGGAAAAAGGGGAGGAUACCAGGAAAAAGGCUAUCAUCAUGGUUCCGACUGAAUGUUUGAAAAUUAACUAAAAACAUAAAUAAUAGAAGCGGUAAUUGAAUUGUUAAAAAUCAAAUGUAAUAUGCUUAGAAUUAUAUACCAGAACAUUAAACUAGUUUUUUUUGGUUAAUUGCA